UUCAAAAUCAAGUUACCCAAGUUUUUGUUGUGUCAAUAUAGAUGUCACAAAACAAUUUUAUUUAGUUUCAGCCGUGUGGUGAAGCUGAACGCAUCAAAUUUACAGAAAUUUUCGUACCGAAAUUCUCAACAAAAGAAUAAUAGAUAUAUAGCAACGCCAUGGUUCAUGUGGUACAGAGCAAGGAGGACUUUGAGCAGCAAUUGUCCAAUGCUGGCGACAAGCUGAUCGUCAUUGAUUUCUGUGCCAACUGGUGUGGACCAUGCAAACUAAUUGCACCCAAGCUGGAGGAGUUGGCCGCCCAAUAUGCCGAGCGUGCCGUUGUCCUUAAGGUGAACGUGGACGAUAAUGAGGAUAUUACCACCGAGUAUAAUAUCUCCAGUAUGCCCACAUUUGUCUUCAUCAAGAGCGGCGAAUUGCUCGAGGUCUUUGUGGGCGGCAAUCCGGACAAGUUGUGCAAAUCGAUGGAGAAACAUGUGGGUGAUGCCGAUGAACCGGACGAACAGCCGCUGGCACAGCAAGUGAGCGCAUCCUCGGGCAGCGCUGGCAGCGGCAACACCAUGUGUGACGACGAUGAACUCGAUGAGGAUGAUGGAGACCUCACUGAUGAUGUGCCAAUGGAUCUGCCACAUCCAACAAUCAAUGAUGAGCGUGUGCUCGAGAAUUAACAUGAAUGAGUCCACUGGAUGCAGCGUCGCCCAUCAUUAACGUCCACUCGCCACAGGAAUAACACGACAAUAAACAAAGUACUUCUUACUAUUUACAGGAUUGAGCGUAAACACAGAUAGAUUGUAACAAAAAUUCACAAGACCGAAAACAGAAAAAAACAUUCGCAUUAAACUUUAACUUGUUCGCCAACUUA